UUCUCUUUCUCUUUAGUUUCAGAUUCUGAUUCUGAUUCUGAUUUCCCAUAAUUCUUCUCGGUUCCAGCCAUGGAAGAGUCCUUUCCUGACGAUGAUAUCAGAUCCUCUCUCUUAUCAAAGAAAGGUGAGGUUAUGGAGGAGGAGGUGGUCGGUGAAGAAGAAGAGAACUCGCCGGUGAGACAAGUGGCUUUAACGGUGCCAACCACCGACGACCCGUCGCUUCCAGUUCUGACGUUCCGAAUGUGGGUGCUGGGGACAGUCUCAUGCGUCUUACUGUCAUUUCUGAAUCAAUUCUUUUGGUAUCGCACUGAGCCUCUCACCAUCACCGCCAUCUCCGCCCAGAUUGCCGUCGUCCCACUCGGCCACUUCAUGGCGGAGAAAAUCACCGACCGAGUCUUCUUCCGAGGUACCCCAUUAGAGUUCACGCUCAACCCUGGACCCUUCAAUGUCAAAGAACAUGUUCUGAUCACCAUCUUUGCCAAUUCUGGUGCCGGAACUGUUUAUGCCAUCCAUGUAAUUACUGUUGUGAAGGUGUUUUAUAAGAAACAUAUCUCCUUCUUCGUCUCCUUCCUCGUUGUGCUCACCACUCAGGUACUAGGAUUUGGAUGGGCGGGUAUAUUCAGAAGGUAUCUCGUGGAACCAGCAGAAAUGUGGUGGCCUGCAAAUUUAGUUCAAGUAUCACUCUUCAGGGCUCUGCAUGAGAAAGAGGAACGGCCCAAAGGAGGGUUGACGAGAGCCCAGUUCUUUGUAAUUGCGUUCUUAUGCAGUUUCGCCUAUUACGUAUUCCCAGGCUACCUUUUCGAAAUGUUAACUUCUCUAUCUUGGAUAUGCUGGAUAUUUCCCAACUCAGUUCUGGCCCAACAGCUUGGAUCUGGGCUUUACGGGCUUGGAAUCGGAGCAAUUGGGCUCGACUGGUCCACCAUCUCGGCCUACCUAGGAAGCCCACUAGCAAGCCCAUGGUUUGCCACGGCCAACGUUGCCGUUGGAUUCUUCAGCGUGAUGUACAUUUUGACGCCACUUUCUUAUUGGUUGAAUGUGUACAAAGCCGAAAGUUUUCCCAUAUUCUCCGAUGAGCUGUUUAAGUCAAAUGGUCAGACAUACAAUAUCUCGGCCAUAGUUGACUCCCAUUUUCAUUUGGACAUUGCGGCUUACGAGCGACAGGGUCGUCUCUAUCUCAGUACUUUCUUCGCCAUGACAUACGGUGUUGGCUUUGCUGCUCUCUCUGCCACAAUUGUACACGUGGCUCUUUUUCAUGGAAGAGAAAUAUGGGAACAAACCAAAUCGAGUUGGGUGAAAAGUAAAAUGGAUAUACACACAAGGUUGAUGAGGAGGUACAAGCAAGUACCUGAGUGGUGGUUCGUUUGCAUAUUGAUCGUAACCAUCGCAGGAACCAUAUUCACUUGUGAGUAUUACAAUGAACAGCUUCAGCUUCCAUGGUGGGGGGUUUUACUCGCUUGUGGUAUCGCCAUCUUGUUCACUCUCCCCAUUGGCAUAAUUACCGCAAUCACAAACCAAACUCCAGGGUUGAACAUUAUAACAGAGUACAUAAUAGGAUAUAUUUAUCCAGGAUAUCCAGUGGCAAACAUGUGUUUUAAGGUUUAUGGGUACAUUAGUAUGACUCAAGCAAUCACAUUCUUGCAAGACUUCAAGCUAGGACACUACAUGAAAAUCCCUCCAAGAACAAUGUUCAUGGCCCAGGUUAUGGGAACCUUAAUUUCAGGAAUAGUGUACUUGGGGACAGCAUGGUGGCUUAUGGAAGCAAUCCCAGACAUAUGUGAGGACACAUCCUCCGUUUGGACAUGUCCAAGCGACAAAGUAUUCUACGAUGCUUCUGUGAUUUGGGGUUUGAUUGGUCCACGUAGGAUCUUCGGAGACGAAGGUUAUUAUGAGGCAGUGAAUUGGUUCUUCUUGGGUGGUGCAAUUUCCCCUCUAAUAGUCUGGUUGGCUGCCAGGGCUUUCCCACAACAAGAGUGGAUUUCACUUAUAAACCUUCCGGUCUUGCUCGGCGCCACCGGGAUGAUGCCGCCGGCUACCGCCGUGAACUACACUACAUGGAUUAUUGUCGGGUUUCUUUCUGGGUUUGUUGCGUAUAGGUAUUUUCCUAAUUGGUGGAAGCGUCGUAAUUAUGUGCUUUCUGGUGCGCUUGAUGCUGGGCUUGCUUUUAUGGGUGUGCUUUUGUAUCUUUGCCUUGGAUUAGAAGGUAUUAGUCUUAAUUGGUGGGGUAAUAACAUUGAUGGUUGUCCGCUUGCCCAUUGCCCAACGGCCAAGGGAAUCACAGUUAAGGAUUGCCCUGUUUUUACAUGAUCCAAGGAGCAUGUAGUGAGGUUAAGCAAGGCAUUAUAAAAGUCGCUUGAAGGGAAUAUGUUUAUAGGGGGAAAAAAAAAGUACAUAUAAGUUGGUCAUCAAUUAAUUCAAGAUCCUUAAACUGUUUCUGCUUUAGUGUUAAUUAGAAUCUGUAAUUUUAUUUACUUGGGGUAUAUUUGCGCCUACAAAAUGAAAAGUGGGUAAAGAAGUAACCUUUCAUCA